UGCCGGCUGCGCAUGCGCCCUUGGUUGGCGGGAGUUUAGGAAGUGGUGGAAGAGACGGUGGGCGGCGCGCCCGCCCGGACCAGGAAGUAACGACGCAGAGAUUUGAGAGCUACCCCAGUGACCGGGGUCGUCACUUACGGCCUUGUGUUUCAGGGACGGAGGCUCCGGGCACUAGUCGCUAGAGGUCAGGAAGUCAAAGACCUCUUCCCGGGCGCAGCCCCGCCCAUCCCCGCACUAGCCAUUUCGGCGUUAGAACUGCUCCACCCAUCCCGGACCGACAGCUGCUGCCAGGAUAGCGGAGAGAGGGAUCUGGGGACACUGCCAACCUCCCUCUUGGGGUUCUCCACCAGGAUGACUUCAGUGAAUAGGUCAGAGACUGUAGAAGUGCUAGAAGAGGAGCCAGUGACAACUCAGAUACAUGAUCAUCAGUUGGAAUCAGAUCCCAAACCUGUGGACUUGACUAAUAAACCGUCUGCUUCCCUGGAGAUCACUCAAGGUGUUUCACAGGAAAGAAUUCACCAUGAGUCUAGCCCUAAAAAUGGAAGAAGUUGUGAUCUCAGCCACCAGGAAGGACUUCAAUCCACAUCCCUUCAUUUGUCCCCUCAAGAACAGUCUGCCCAUCAUCAAGACAGAAGACAGUCCUGGCGGCGAGCAAGUAUGAAAGACAUGAACCGACGGAAGUCACUUCCUCCCUUUCAUCAGGGCAUCACAGAGCUCAGCAGAUCCAUCACCGUCAACUUAGCAGAAAGUAAACGACUUGGCUCUCUUCUGCUUUCCAGUUUUCAGUUCUCUGUUCAGAAACUUGAACCUUUCCUAAGGGGUACUGAGGGCUUCAAUCUUGAAAGUUUUAGAGCCAAAGCAUCUUCCCUUUCUGAAGAAUUGAAACAUUUUGCAGACAGACUGGAAAGUGAUGGAACUCUGCAAAAAUGUUUUGAAAAUUCAAAAGGAACAGAAUCAGACUUGUCUAUGGAAACAUCUGUGGCUGAGAUGAAGGAAUAUAUAAGAAAAUUUUCUUUAGAACGUCAGAGUUGGGAUCAGCUCCUGCAGCACUACCAGACAGAGGCUCAAGAGAUAAUGCCCAGAGGUUCAACUGAAAACAUAGAUACUGAAGUUGAAGUGGAACCUACAGCAUAUCUUGGGUCUUCCCAGAGUGAAAUCCUUAACACCAAACCUGACUACCAGGAAAUAUUACAGAGCCAGAACAAAAUCUUUGAUUGUAUGGAGUUGAUGAUGGAUGAACUGCAGGGAUCAGUGAAGCAGCUGCAUGCGUUUAUGGACGAAAGUACCCAGUGCCUCCAGAAGGUGUCAGUACAGCUUGGGAAGAGAAGCACACAACAAUUAGACCCUUCACCAGCUCGAAAGUUGCUCAAGCUUCAGCUGUGAAACCCACCUACCACACAUUGCUCUGGAUCUUGUUAGUGACCUUACGCAGCUUUUCUGCCACACACCCUUUAAGGAGAGGAUUGGGAAGAGGCCAGCACAUGGCAGCUGUGGUGGUAUGAGCUGAGGAUUGCUGCCCUCAGUUGACUGUAGAGCACUUCAAUCCCCCUGCCCCACAAAAUGAUGGGGUUUAUACAUUGAAGAGUACUGGCAUUUUCCCCCAAGAAUGUGUGUAUUAUUUAAAUUUCUGUUUUGGAAUGACCUUCAGAAUUAGUGGUCCAUUCUUAUAUCCUUCACUGUCAGCAAUCUUCAUUUUGUGAGGAUGAUAUUUAGGUUUUCAGACAAUUCAGACAUUUAGGACCAAAGCCUGUGAAAUAUCUUAGGGGUCAGGUUAGGUUUUAGUUGUAAAGGAUUGAGACUGAUUAUCUCAUGUAACUCUGAAGGUGAUUUUAGGUAAAGGAGUUAGAACAUUAUUUGCAUCAUGUUAAGACAUCUAACACUUCACAGUAUACAAAUGGGAGGCAACAGUACUUGUUCUCUAUGCCCUGAUGUCUAUAGUGUGCUUUGGCUUUCAAUAUUGAGUUCAUGUCCUAAAUCCUGGAUUCAUGGCAAGAAGGGACUAAGUAUUCCUUUUCAUUGUUAAUAAUCUGCAUUAUAAAAUUUCACAUAAUUAAAGACUUUCUUUUGCCUUUGUGUAUAUUUUGAGUGUAUAAGAGCAAUUUAAAGACAGGAUAGGCCUAGCAGAAAAUACAAUUGUUUGCCUUGAUGUAGAAGUGAACAAUGGUGUGGAAAUAUACAUCAACACUACCAGUAAAAUACCUACUGAUUUAUUGUUGAUAUUUCUUGUUCUCUGAUCUUCCUAAAAGGAGAAAACCUAUUUCAUUUAAAUAUCCAGUCAUAAUCUUAAGUCUUAAGCACCAGUUAGAGAUGGACAAAUCCCCUUACUUUAACCUGUACUCAUUCUUUAUUUGUAGAGCUCCUACUGUCUGCAAGGCACAGUUCUAGGAACUAGGGAGAAAGCAUAGAACAAAAAUGCAUGAUGCGUAUAGACUAGUGGGACACCAGAAAAUAAAAGAGACAACCCCACAGAAGCAAUAUUUUAGUUGACUCAGGAAAGAUAGAGUUAAAUAGGGUAAGAAACUGAGACAGAAGGAACAUUUUCGCAUGUGUACAUCCAGCUAACUGAGCCACGAAGGUCCAGGGACAGCAUUUUCAAAGGCCUGAAGAGGGAAGGAAUGAAGCAUUGUCUCAUAGCAAAAGUGUAGUACUAUGGGAGUACUGGUAGAAGAACCAGUUGAGACAAGGAUAGUCCAAAGUCAUUAGAAGAUUUUAAGGGAGGAAGUGCAUCAAAAGUUUAAAAUAUCACUAGUGUGGAGAACAUACAGGAAGCAGGUAUGUGAGAGACAACUGGCUGUUGGAGUAGUCCAGGUAAGAAACAUUGGCCUGUACUGGGUGUUGGCAGUGGUUGAAUAAGUUGGGCUGUUGGAGUUAUAAUCUGUAGAACAUAGUGUGCUUGGAUUAUGUGUUAAACGCCUAACUGGACAAUGAAUGAGAUGAGAAUGGAAGAGUGAUAGACUACUAUCACAGGAUAUUGUAAAAGUUAGAUUAUAAAUUUGGAACAGUGUUAGUAUGAAGGGUAUGAAAGCUUGAACUGGAUGAAUAAAAGCAGUUAAUGAAAUAAGCUAGUAAUGACAAGUGGGAAAUUGGGUGGGAAAGUGUGAACCUUGGAACGUAAUUAAUUAUUAAAGGCUCAAGGAUGGAUAUUAUCUAGAGUAGGACAAGAUGAGAAACUUUGGACAACCCCACAGGAAGUUGGGGUUUUUAAGAAGCAGAGCAGAGCUAUUAAUCUUUUUAGAGCUGAGACUACAGAAUUGGGAAUGAAUCCUAUCCUCACCUAUCCAAAAGUGAUUGUAACUUCCCUAUUUUACUUAUUAUAUGUAUUGCAUUUUUUGUUUAUAAGAAUUUAUUCAGGAUUUUCCUUGUGGCACAGUGGUUAAAGUCAGCACUUCAAGCUAUCAGCAUUCACUACCUUGAGUUGCCAGGGAGCUGGCCCACAUGGCACAACAGACCUCUCCUG